UGACAACCAACUGAAAAUUAAAAGAAUGUAACCAAAACUUCACCAGACGUCAUUCCAAAACAACAACAUCAACACAUGAGUCUCCUAGAGGUGACGUGGCAGUGUGCGUCGCGACAGAAAUACGUCACCAUCUAUGCAGCACCGGCGUUUCAUUAAAAGGCUUCUUUUUGUGAAGACAGUCAUGAUUCUAUUAUUUGUGAAAAUGUGAACAUUUGCGGUGGAUAACUGUAGUUAUUGUUUCGCGUGUACAUACAGUCCUAGCAGAUUCCGUGUCAUGAAUGUACGAAACCAAGUUGAAAUAUUGAACUUGAUGAAAGUCUGAAAACUAGUAGCAUAGUUUGAUUAUGAAAGCUGACAAGUGUGAGUUUCAAACUGAUAUUCAAUCCAUGUAAUCAGUUGAUUCAUUGUAACAAUAAAGAUCAAUCUUCUCGAACCUCACACUGACCAAUAGUAGCACGUCAUUUGUUAUAGCGUGGGCUAACAGGGGUUGAAGGGUGAGUGAACUGUCCCUAUAGAAACGUGUUUGACAAACUGUCACUUCAUUAUCGGCUGUCACAUUUAGGCUACCGUUAUUUUGUAAUGUCAUCGCUUGCUAACAAGCCAACGAUAGCUAGCUUGUAAUUUUGAUUAUUAGCUUAUGGUUGACGAUUGUAUACGUUUUUAGGUGUUGCAAUUAUUUGUUGUAAACUUGACACAUUUGUCGCUAACGUAGCACUAACGCUCACGUGCUUGGCUUGCUACGGUAAAGAGACAAAACAAGUUAGUUAGACUAGAUUGUUGAUAUGUCCGCUGAAGAAACGGACAAAACGACUGAUGGAAGCGGCGGAGAAGACGAGGAGGAAUGGUUAUAUGGUGAUGAAGGUGAGGAGGGGGCGGAGCAGUCGGAACCUGACAGGGGUGCUGCCCAGCCUGCUGAAGGGGAGACUCUCCAGCAGGGCGGAGAAGAGAAGGCAGAGAAGGAGGCGGUGCAGGAGGAAGGAGCCAGUGACAGUGACAGUGAUGAUGAUGAUGAUGAUGUGUGUGUGACCAUUGGAAAUAUAAAGUCUGGUGGAUCCUCUCAGUACAGUGUCUUUGGAGCCUCCCCUGUUAAUCUCAAUAUUAAAACAGAUGGCAGGACACAUUCAGCAGUUGGCUCCAGGCCCCGGGGGGUGGACCUGCAGGCUGGAGGCAGCAUCAGUGGCCUGCCCGUCAUGGAGGUGGACGUGGAGUCUUUGGAGGAUAAACCCUGGAGGAAGCCAGGUGCCGACAUCUCUGACUACUUCAACUAUGGCUUUAAUGAGGACACGUGGAAGUCCCACUGUGAGAAGCAGAGGCGACUGCGAGCCAACUACGAGGGCCUGCCCUCCACCAAGAUCCUGGUCCAGCAGGGGCGCAUGUGCCAUGGAGAGAAAGGGGGCCGUUCUGAGUACUCUUCCUCCAGAUCCAGCAGGAUAUCCAGCGGCACCAUCGAUGUGAUUGGAGGACAGUCUGGCUGCAUCAGCAGGGUGGAGGGACGACGGCGCCCCAACAGCGAAGGAAAUAACAUACAGGUGGUGUCACAGCCCUCAUCUGAUGCAGAGGCCCCUCCCACUAAGAUGUCUCCCUUCUUCCCCCCCAACAUCCCCCCUCCACCCUUCCUGCCUCCCCCCAAUGUCAGCUCCGCCCCUCCCCUCAUCCCCCCUCCACGGAUCCCCAUCAGUGUCCCUCCACCUGGCUUUCCCCUUCUACCUGGAGCCCCUCCCCCCUCUCUCCUCCCGUCCUUGGACAGAAGGAGGAGAGACUUCAGACACAGCCGAGACAGGGAGAGAGACAGAGAGAGAGACCGGGAGAGAGACCGGGAGAGAGAUCGGGAACGCUGCUACUCUCCAGCCGGAGAUAUCAGAGCCAGGAACACACACAGUUCUCACUGUGAGGGCUAUGAUGGACCCCCCGCCCCCCCCUUCCCCUUCCCUCCAGGUGUGUACCCUCCGAUCCCAGGCUGGCCCGGGGUGAUUGACAGCGCCAAGGCCUGGGAGUAUUUCUCCCGGCAGGAGCGAGAGAGGGAGCGAGGCCACGACAAGGACAGAGAGCGAGGGAGGGAGCGCGCUCACGACAAGGAGAGGGAGAGAGGGCGGGACAGAGAGCGGCAACACAGCCCCUCCUCCCCCCUCUACCACAGCGAGGAGGAGAGGCCACACCACAGGGAUCACGAGGAGCGCGGCUACAGAGAUCGCUACAGCAGAGAGAGGAGGCUUCGUGACAAGGACGAGGGCAGGCACAAGUCCUCACGCAGCAGCAGCAGGAGGAAACAGGACAGUGAGGAGGGAGAUGGCCACCGCAGACACAAACACAAGAAGAGCAGGAGGAGCCGGGAGGACAAGGAGACAAAUGAUGAGCCCUCUGCAGACCAGGAGAACCAAUCAGGAGCAGCCAAGUGACUUUGUGUUCCCCUGGUUGGCCAACAGCAGGCCUGGGUGUGGCCAGGGGCAGACGAGACUGCCCCCCCCCCACCUCAUUUCAGUUUGUUUUUAAGACGUGAACCCAGAGAAGGGUUACUGUGUACGUUGUAUGCAGAGUUUGUGUUGUCCCACCUGAGUGGUGUUCCUUUAGUUGAGUUGAAGGAAUUUGUUUGGAUAAAGCAUCUGUGUGAAUGUGA